AUACGUUUAUUAUGUCGAGGCUCCUUUAAGAGCGCUGAGACACGAAGCAGCUGUUCAUACUAGAAAGUGGAGGAGGAGACCAUAGAAAUGAACGCACUGGGAGGAUGACAGCUUUUAGCCGCUGCUGUAACCCUGAACCUCUGACACCCAUAUGAACCGUCAGCGAGAGGACCACUAACCCAGCCCGCAGGGCGCAUCCUCUAUCCUGAGCAAAAAGCGAGGGGCCGUGGGUGGAGGGUUCCUUAUGAUUUCUCAGUUUUCAUAGACGCUAUUUCUCUAACACCAUGGUGCUGGGCAAGGUGAAAACUUUAGCGGUCUACUUCGACUAUCUGAACGACAACAACGUCCCCGUUUACUCCGGCGGGGAUUCGGUCUCAGGGAGGGUGAUAAUCGAAGUCAUCGGCGAGGUUCACGUCAAAACGUUGAACAUAACCGCCGGAGGCGUAGCCAAGGUGCGGUGGACCGAGUCCCGGAACGCCGGAGCCAACACUGCCUACACUCAGAAUUACACCGAGGAGGUGGAAUACUUAAACCAUAGCGACACGUUAAUAGGAGAGGAGAGAGAAGCGGUUCAACCUGAUCUCAAACUGGCGGAGGGAAGGGGGCGCGUGGGGGGGACUCCGGCAGCUCAGGACAGGCGGGAGACUCCGGCAGCUCAGGACAGGCGGGAGACUCCGGCAGCUCAGGACAGG